GCAACAAACAGAUUGAACGAUAGCUGUGUACCAGAUAUAUAUCGUACAUAUGUCUGGAUUCCAUCGUGAUGACAACCACCGCCCUCACCACCGCCCUCACCACCGCCAUCUUCAUACAUCACAGUAUCCUCAUCAUCCCAUCUCCCAUCCUGAACCAAACCAAACCAAACCAAACCAAACCAAACCAAACCAAACCAAACCAAACCAAACCAAACCAAACCAAACCAAACCAAACCAAACCAAACCAAACCAAACCAAACCAAACUCUGCCGACGAGAAACAUAUACGCCACCAGACUUCCUCCCCACGUGGUAUCUGUCCCCCGAGAGGAGACCAACCAACCAACCGUGGAACUCGAGGUCCCAAAUUGCCCGAUAGCUGGAGUAACAGAGAAACCACCCGUGAACAGAUGAAUGGUACGUGUCCCAAGGAAGAUACACAUCUCUACACCACACGGGCAAUUCCAAUCCCAGUUCCCAUCCCUAUCAUCAUGAUCAUCAUCAUCCCAUAGCGAACCAAAUAAACAUCAUCUGGAUCCUGCUGUCCUGACCCGAUCCCGUGGAAAUCACCUCGAAGAAUUCGGCGAACUCCGAGUCUGCUGAUAUCUAUCCGUGAAUAACGUAAUCCAUCAGCGAGCCGGCC